AAUAACGCGAAAUUUGGCGCCAUGAUUUCAAAUCGCAACAAAAAAACCACAAUAUUAAAGAGGGAAACUCCAAAUGCCAGAUAGACCAAGCAAGCCCUAAUCAUCCUCUCCCCGCUUUUCAAAACCGUGUCUUUUUAUAUAGUCCGCCUCCCCCGCCCUACAAAAAAUAGAAGCCUCAUCGCUUCAUAUCAUCCCCUCCGUGCACCAGACCUGUUCGACGAUAUUCCUCUCAGAGAGGCCGAUAGUCUGUAAGGGAGAGUAUCGGACUGUCAUUUAGAAAAUGUAUGUUGUGAAAAGGGAUGGGCGGCAGGAAGCGGUGCAUUUCGACAAGAUCACUGCUCGGUUGAAGAAGUUGAGCUAUGGGCUGACUAUGGAGCACUGCGACCCUGUCUUGGUCGCCCAGAAGGUCUGCGCUGGGGUCUACAAGGGUGUCACAACCAGUCAGCUUGAUGAAUUGGCCGCUGAAACCGCCGCUGCCAUGACUGCUAACCAUCCUGACUAUGCCUCCUUGGCUGCAAGAAUUGUCGUCUCAAAUCUUCACAAGAACACAAAAAAGUCAUUCUCAGAGACGAUCAAAGACAUGUACAACCAUUUUAAUGAGAGAUCUGGCCUAAAGGCUUCUUUGAUUGCCGAUGAUGUUUAUGAAAUAAUCAUGAAGAAUGCUGCUCGCUUGGACAGUGUGAUCAUCUAUGAUCGAGACUUUGACUAUGAUUACUUUGGUUUCAAAACCCUUGAGAGAUCCUACCUAUUGAAGGUCCAAGGAAAGGUUGUAGAAAGACCUCAACACAUGUUGAUGAGGGUUGCUGUUGGAAUUCACAAGAAUGACAUUGAUUCUGCUAUCAAAACAUACCAUAUGAUGUCUCAGCGGUGGUUCACUCAUGCGUCUCCCACCCUUUUUAAUGCAGGGACUCCAAGGCCUCAAUUGAGUAGCUGCUUCCUUGUGUGUAUGAAAGAUGAUAGCAUUGAAGGCAUAUAUGACACCUUGAAGGAGUGUGCUGUUAUCAGCAAAUCGGCUGGAGGAAUUGGUGUUUCUGUCCACAACAUUCGUUCCACUGGCAGUUAUAUUCGUGGAACAAAUGGUACAUCUAAUGGCAUUGUUCCUAUGCUACGUGUCUUCAAUGAUACUGCACGUUAUGUUGAUCAAGGGGGGGGCAAGAGGAAAGGUGCUUUUGCUGUGUACUUGGAGCCAUGGCAUGCGGACAUAUUUGAGUUUCUAGAUUUAAGAAAGAAUCAUGGAAAGGAGGAACAUCGUGCACGAGAUCUAUUUUAUGCACUUUGGGUGCCUGAUCUCUUCAUGGAAAGAGUCCAAAGUAAUGGACAGUGGUCAUUAUUUUGUCCUAAUGAGGCUCCAGGUUUAGCAGAUUGUUGGGGUGAAGAGUUUGAAAAACUGUACAGCCAGUAUGAGAAACAGGGAAAGGCAAAGAAGGUUGUCCUGGCACAAAAUCUCUGGUUUGAAAUUUUGAAAGCCCAGAUAGAAACAGGAACCCCUUAUAUGCUUUUCAAGGAUACUUGCAACAGGAAAAGCAACCAGCAGAAUUUGGGAACCAUCAAAUCUUCAAACUUAUGUACGGAGAUAAUUGAGUAUACAAGUCCAACUGAGACUGCUGUCUGCAAUCUGGCAUCAAUUGCUCUUCCACGAUAUGUUAGGGAGAAGGGGGUUCCAGUGGAGUCACAUCCAUCUAAGCUUGUUGGAAGCAGAGGAUCUAAGCAUCGAUUUGUUGACUUUGAAAAACUAGCAGAGGUCACUGCAAUUGUAACUAAGAACCUCAACAAAAUAAUUGAUGUUAAUUACUACCCUGUUGAAACUGCAAGAAGGUCAAAUUUUCGACAUAGACCUAUUGGUAUUGGAGUCCAGGGUCUCGCUGAUACAUUCAUUUUGCUUGGCAUGCCAUUUGAUUCACCUGAGGCUCAACAACUUAACAAAGACAUAUUUGAGACCAUAUACUACCAUGCACUGAAAACUUCUUCUGAGUUAGCUGUAAAAGAAGGGACCUAUGAGACAUAUGAUGGAAGUCCUGUGAGCAAGGGAAUUCUUCAGCCAGACAUGUGGGGUGUAACACCUUCAAAUCGGUGGGAUUGGAAUGCUCUUAGGGAGAUGAUAUCUAAGAAUGGUGUUAGAAAUUCACUUCUUGUAGCCCCCAUGCCAACUGCUUCCACCAGCCAGAUUCUUGGAAACAAUGAGUGCUUCGAACCAUAUACAUCUAACAUAUACAGCCGCAGAGUUCUAAGUGGUGAAUUUGUUGUGGUGAACAAACACCUUCUUCACGACUUAACUGAGAUGGGCUUGUGGUCUCCUGCAAUUAAGAACAACAUCAUUUAUGAGGAUGGCUCUGUUCAGCAAAUACCAGAAAUCCCCGAGGAUCUGAAAGUGAUUUACAAAACUGUUUGGGAGAUCAAGCAAAAGACAUUGGUUGAUAUGGCUGUUGAUCGUGGUUGCUACAUUGAUCAGAGCCAGAGCCUCAAUAUACAUAUGGACCAACCCAAUUUUGGGAAACUUACCUCCUUGCACUUCUAUGCAUGGUCCAAGGGUCUGAAGACAGGGAUGUAUUAUCUGCGAUCACGAGCAGCAGCUGAUGCUAUCAAGUUCACUGUUGAUACUUCCGUUCUCAAUGAAAAGGCCAAAGUGGUGGAUGACGACGUUAAUACCAAGAUGGCACAGAUGGUAUGCUCUCUAACAAACCGCGAAGAGUGCAUGGCUUGUGGAAGCUAAAGAGUGGUCUGACACUGUUCUAUAUGGAGUGGCAAAAGAUGUGCUUCUGGUUUGAGAUGCGUUCGCUAUGUGCGCGUGCAUAGUUUUUAAUGUGCAGUAUAAUGUAAUUGGCUUGUGUACUAAUCAAACACUAUAAUGUUAUUGUUUAAGUUACUUGUAAACCUGUGUAUAGUUUUUAUGUUGCUACUUUGCUUUUUUUCCCCCGUUUUCAGUGUGCAGUAUUGCUGCAGGUUGUUAGGUAUCUGUAUUGACUCGUGCUCUUGCAGUACCAGUCACAGACUGGAGCUGAGUUUGUACAUAAAAUCAGCUUUAGUCCAAAAGAUUAGUUUGGUUGGAGAUUUUACAAAUUUACUGAUCUCUGAUUCUCUGAAA